AUGGCCGACUACCGGCUCCCAGAGAAUAUCAGGCCUACGCGCUACGAGAUCGUGUUGCGCACCGAUCUCGAGAAGGAGACGUUCACUGGCACUGUGAAGAUCAGCGUCGAGUUUCUCAAGACAGCACAGUGUAUCACGCUCAAUGUAGCGAAGGAGCUCGUCCUUAGCAGCGAGUCGCUGACGAUCACCUCGAGCUCGAGCGCAUUGGGCUCCAUCAUCUUCGACGAGCGUUCCAGAAGCUACGAUGAAGCCACGCAACGCGUCACCUACGCAUUACCGGUCCAGUUCACUGCGGGUACAUUGGCCGUCUUGAGCAUUGCAUUCGCUGCACCGCUCAUGGAUAACCUGCUCGGAUACUACAAGAGCUCUUGGCCGGGAGGGAUCUAUACUCUCACCCAGUUCGAGAGUACCCAUGCACGCCGCGCAAUACCCUGCUGGGACGAACCACUCCUCAAGGCCGUGUUUUCCGUGACCAUGAUCUCGCGGGCAGGCACCGUUUCGCUCUCAAACACGUCAGCACUUUCGAACCUCCCGUCCAACCCCUUAGUCCUCGUGGAUCACUUCCCUCUUCGAGUGGUCGAAGAUCUUUAUGCAGGCGUAGAAACCGGAGAGUGGACUGUCACAACGUUCGAGGAAACGCCGCGCAUGUCGUCGUAUCUACUCGCCUUUGCUAAUGGCGCGUUUGUACAUCGCGAGAGCAGUUAUUCUAGCCCCAUCAGCGGGACGGUCCGCCCAUUACGAGUGUACGCAACGAGGGACAUCAUCGAGCACACUCAGUUCGUUCUCGAGGUCACCGCCCGCGCUGUGCCGAUGUUUGAGAAGGUGUUCGACGUAGAGUACCCUCUUUCCAAGCUCGAUACCCUUGUCGUACACGAUUUCGACAUCAACGCGAUGGAGAACUGGGGCCUAAUCAUAGGGCGCACGUCGGCAUUGCUCCUCGAUCCCAAUAGCCAGGAUCUCACUCGUCGUAUACGUAUCGCGGGUUCACUCACCCACGAGAUCUCCCAUAUGUGGUUCGGAAACUUCACGACCAUGGCAUGGUGGGACAACCUCUACCUGAAGGAAGGGUUCGCGACCGUCAUGGGGUCGAGUAUCAUCAUGAACCGUCUCUACCCCGAAUGGCGCCCGAACUCACAGUUCAUCAACAACCACCUGAAUCGGGCCCUACGUCUUGAUGCGAAGCCGUCGUCUCAUCCCAUUGAGGUCCCGUUGCCUGAUCCCAGCCAGAUCAACCAGAUCUUUGAUGCACUUUCAUAUGCAAAGGGCGCAUCUAUUCUGCGCAUGCUCGCCGGAUAUGUUGGCGAAGACGAGUUCCUUCGCGGUGUCAGCCAUUAUCUCAAGAAACAUAGCUACGGAAGCACGGUCAGCGCAGACCUCUGGGAGGGUGUUGCGCACACAACUGGCAAGGACAUUAGCACGUUCAUGCGCCACUGGGUCGCUUCUAUCGGCUUUCCUGUGCUCACAGUGACAGAGAUCGAGGGUGGACAGGCCAUUCGUGUUCGUCAGGACAGGUUUAUCGAGGAUGGACAACUCGAAGAGAAGGAUAAUCAGGUCCUAUAG